AUGUUCUUAAACGCUGUGGGCUUACUGGGAGUUGUAUAUAGUUUUAAUUGGAAUCAAGCUCCCAUAGAAGCUUGUUAUUUUCAGGCGUUGGCAACUCAAUUUGCUGCUUUUGUAACGGCUUCAGCCGGAUUAAAUUUUACAAUACAAACAUACCGACUUCUUGUACUAUACAAGCGACGCGAUUUAACGCAUUCACGAUUAAGAUAUUACUACUACGGAUUUCUAAUUAUAUAUCCUAUUGUAGGAACCAUAAUAGUGAGCGUUGUGGCUAUUAUGGAAAAAGCUGUAAAGCCCCGACUUUAUCACUGUGACAUAGUCAGUCCGAUCUGGGUUCGUUUAGUAAGCUAUAAUGGUGCCAACCUUCUCUUAUCGAUUCCUGGCACUUACUUCUCGGCACGCGCAGCAAUAGCAGUGUAUCGUCAUACAGGCCAAUUUAAGUCAACCAAAUUAUCUGCCAACGACGUUACCAAUUCACAAGGUUCCACCGACAGUCUAGCGAUGACAGCCGAAGCACUCGGAAGUCGAGUAAAUAUCUUGGAUGCUGAAAAACAUUCCCAUGUUCAAUUACCCAAGCUUACACUGGACAGCAAAUCUACUUAUGCCCGGCGGAACACAGAACCAAGUAUUAACUUGAGUACAUCGAACAACAGUUACGGCAUUACACGAUCUGCAGCAAUUCGAAUGGUUGUCUUUACCGUUGCUUAUGCCAUUACAAAUCUUGCUGCUUCGGUUGGAAUUAUUCUCGACGUUAUCGCAAACAAACCGUUACCACCAAAUCCUGGUGGAUCCGAUUUUGUCGGAUCAUCUCUUGGAAUACCAUUGCUUCUAAUUUUUGGAACUUCAAGUGAGAUUAGACAGUGGACUAGGGAUAAAUUGAAGAGCCUAUUUGCGUCUAAAAAUUAA